GAGGAGGAAACAGGCACCCGUCCUGACUGGUAGGAGGAAACUGCUCACUGCAGCCUAUACCAGGGUGAACCCCGUGAAGCUCAAGUUUGUGCAUCACAGAGGCGUCUAUGAAGAACUCCCCCUUGUUGCCUUCAACAAAGAAGCUGAGUGGUCUGACAAAAGAAGUUUCCAGGCCGCUAAGGUGCAACUUACCAAGCCCUGCAAAUGGAGAGGGUGGACAUAUUUUGCUGUUCCAUGGAGCCAAUACCGACUUGAUCGUCCUCUGCAGUAUUCCCAUUACCCCUCUACCUGGAAGCCAGGGUAAAAGCCCCCCCCCUCCCCCAUUGGAGCCUUUCGAGCACUGCGAGCACGGCAAGAAUGCCGACACCUCGUACAAGAACCUUCUCCCAGAGGGCACCACCGUAACUCACCUCACCCCCACUCUUGGUACUAAGGUAAAAAGGAAGUCAGCUCAGCGCCUUGGCCAGCGCCGGCAUGGACGAGCUUGCUCGGUUCGUGGCGGAGCGCAAGGCUGUCGCCUUCCAUGGUCAAGAUUUCGCCAACUCUGCCCGUCGAGGAAGCUCUAAAGUUUGGCGAAUACUUUGGCCGGUAAGACUUCGAAAUCUUUUGAUCAUGCUUCAA